GAUUAUCACGUUACAGAAGAUCAUCCAUCUACCUGUACACCGGCCCCUGCCCUAACCACUGCAGCAGCAUGGGUAUCCAUGUUACCCUCCUGGCCUCCCCAGGGGCCAAUAGCAACAGUGUGGAGGUCUUCAGCAACUAUUUCUAUGAUGUCUCUGAACUGGGCCUAGGGUUCAGCUUUCAUAGUUUUCCCUGGCCGUGGAUGAGCUGCUCUUUGGGACCAGCUAUCUGAGAUAGCCUGCUUGCCCUGGGGUAAAGCAGGGCGUCUCAUUCUACUGGCCCUUUUCGACUCAACCUGCUUGAGUCACUUUUCCAGGCUGGCAGCCAGCCCAUCCCAACAGACCUGUGACAAGACUGCACGCCACUGCCUCUGGACCCCAGCUGUGGGCAGAGCCUGCCUUUUACUUCCUGUGUAAUCAUGCUGUUGUCAAAUGAUGCUGUCAUCAUGUAUGGUAGAGCCUCCAAUAAAUGUAUGUUCCACAAAAUAGACCCGUAAGUCAAUAAGAAAAAAAAAUCACUUAUGAGCAGCCUGCAUAAACAAGCUAUCCACCAGAGCAGAAAAUCCUCACGACACUGCAUGUUUAAUAGGGUCAACGGUGGAGGUAGGACCAGCAGUCUGUGAGCUGAAGUGAGUUGGGUCUGCAGGUUGCAAUCCUAGCUCUGCCCUUGCAGAUGAGAGCCUUGGGCAAAUCGCAUAAUGCUUCUAGACCUCAGUUUUCUAAUCCGAAAAAUGGAGAUGGAUGGCCUGUCUCCUAUGAUGGAGAAGACAAGAUGGGUACACUUAAAGCGUGCUGCACGGCAGGUGGUGAAAGUAAAUGAUACCAUUGGAGCAGUGAGAAGAAUAGUAAAACCAUUAUAGUGUCACACGAACCAGACCUGCAUGCAGAUGUUGGAAGACCUGGAGAUUUCAAGGGCUGAGGAAAGGGUCUCUUACAUACUGUUUGCCCAGUGCAGACUGGCACGGCACCUUGAAGAGCAGCUUGACAGUGCUCAAGAUGUCGUAACUGCCAACAGUGGGACUCUAGGGGCAUGUGUACAUGAAUGUAUACUGAAAUGAUGUGUAGGACCCCUGCUGCCCUUCUGUCAAGGGUUCCUGGUCCCAGCAGAGCCCUGGAGAGAUGUGAUUCUUCCAGCCUAGCAUGGUCAUACCUGCACUGAAGAAGGAGUCCCAAGGAAGACGCAUUGAACAACAUGAGGAGUGUUCCUACAAAGGAACACCAAAGCUGAUGUGAUAAUUCAUGCCUGUCACCAAGUAUGGGAGGCUGAGGCAGGAGGAUUACCAUGAAUUUGAAACCAUCCUGGGCUAUACUAAAAAAACAAGAGUAGCAGCAAUAAAUAAAUAUAAAGGCACUCUGAAGAAUCAGGAGUCCAUGGAAGCCAGAGACUAAAGGGCAUGUGUUGGUCCAGGAAUGUACUCUAUUCUCCACUGUGACAUCCAUGGCAGACAUUACUAACCAAUCACAGAACCUGACUCAACAUCCUUCUGAAAUCAUGUUCCACAUAGCCUCUACUAGUUGACUCCAGGUGGCAGGAAAAAAUAAAUAAAUCUAGGUGAGUAUCUUGUGCUUAUUUCCAUCCCCUUCAGCCUUUUCCCUUUCAUGGCUUAUCAGCCUGGCUCACAGCUGCCAUUGGCUUCCAUUUGCCUAACGCAGGCCAGUGGAGCCAGGGAUAGACAGUUGGCAACAGCUUCAGUCAGUGGCUGGCAGGAUGGGGUAAGUGUCCUGUUCCCUCAGGUGAGUGAGCCUUAGAGGUGCAUUGUCACCAGCGUCCCUGAAUGCCUCACAGAAUCCAGAUGCUGGCCCAUGACAGUGGGCGGAGCUUUCCCCACUCUCCAGCCGCAUGGUCAGGGUCCUUCCCACUGAAACCCACUCUCUGUUCUUGUCAGAGGACCCAACUCUGAGGAACACCCUCUCCAGCACCCCUGCAUUUCCAUGGGUGUGAAAGGAGGAGACUUUCCCACAUCAUUGGCAAGGCCCUUGUGAGAACCCAUGCCUAGCCCCCCCAGUCUCCUGCUUUGACAUUUAUUUUCCACUGCAAGAGAAGCAGCCCAGUUCAGGAAACUCCUGAACAUCCGGAGGUGGGUAACACCCUUUGUGUGGACCCCAGAGCAGUCCCUCCUGCUUCCAGGGUCUUAGUCUCCUCUGUGGACUAGAUUGCUGAGGAAUCUGCCCCCUGCUGGGGUGGAAGACAGUCUGGAAAACAGCUAGCUCCCACCCAGGCACAAGCAUCCAGAAAGUUAAAAAUGUGUAUCUCCAUGCUUUUAGCAAUCCACGAGUCUAGUUACAUUUUAGCUUUAGUGGGAAAUGAAUAAUUUUUUGUUGAUUAAUGUGUGCAUGUAUGUGCUAGUCUGCUUAGCACAUGUGGGGAGGUCAGGAAAGUUUGUGGAGUCGGUUGUCUCCUUGCACCCUCGCGUUCAUUCUGGGACUUGAACCAAGUGUUUGCACGGCAAACGCCUUUACCCAGCAAGCCAUCCUGCUGGCCUUCAGAAAUGCACAUUCCGAUCUAGACCACCUAGGUGUUGAACAGAUCAUCGGUGAGAAAAGGGACUCUGUCUUCUGGCCACCAGACCUAGACUCAUGGCACUUGUGCCCGUGGCUUCCUGUAGCUGGGGCCUGCACUCCUGCAGUCUGUUGGUACAGAGAUGAAAAAUGGGCUAGGCCUGGCUGGUGUCUCCCACUUACAGUAAGGCACUUUCUCCCUUUCAGAAACGCCAGCUAGUCAUCUGUGGAAAGGGAUGAGGAUUCCAAUCCCAGGUUGUCACUGACCAACUGCAACCUAGGGAAAGGCUUGGUAGGGGAAGGUACCCCCGCCGCUUCCUUUGCCACCAUGGAGGCAGCUGGGAUGGGAGUGUCACAGGGGAGGGAACAGCCUUGGCAAAGCCUUUUGCUGUCCCUCCCUCCCCCAGGCUGCCCUUGGUGACAAGGCAGAGGACCCACACUGAGCUCUCUUUACUCUUCCCCAGCUUCUGGACAUGAGUUGGGAGCCAUGAACAAGAUCUUCCCCCAGGAGGCCCUGCCUGGGUCAAUAGAAGGACAAAGGAGGAGCAGGUGCCGGGAAGAAGCCACCCACUAAACAGGUGAAGAGUGUGGGAACAGGAUGAGUCCGGGUGGUGCGGGAUCAGCCGUUUGCCCGGUCUGCUUCUGGUCUCUUGGGCAGGGAGAUGCGGAGAGCAACACUGCUGCUGGAGGGAGAGCCCGCCCUGGAGGGGAAGGCUGUGGCCCCUUCUGCUACUCACGCAGGGGGGCCUGCCUCUCGGCCUUCCUGCUGCUGCUGCUGGCCAUCCUUGCCGCCUUGCUUGCCGUGGCCACCAUCCUCGGACGUCCACCCCGUAUACCAGGGACUCAGUCCUGUGUGACAAUGACCAACAGGACAGGCUUCUUAUGCCAUGACCGAAGGCACUGCAUCCCAGCGCACGGGGUGUGUGAUGGCGUUCGCGCCUGUCCCCAUGGUGAGGAUGAGGAUGAACACUUGUGCCGAGAUGUGCCCCGGAGCCUUCCCGGCUUCCUCCUGGCCUACUGUGGAGACCCAGCCUUCUGGAUCUACUCGGACCAGAAAUGUGAUGGCACCAACAACUGUGGGGACUGCUCGGAUGAACUGAGCCCAGUGACUGCGUGCCCGCCUUGUGGCCCCGGGUGGUGGCCCUGCACUCCAACUGUCUUCAAGUACUGCAGCUGUAUCCCGAGGGUGCUGUGCCGGGACCAUGUGCAGCACUGCUCUGAUUGGUCAGAUGAGUACGCCUGUCCUGGACCCUGAGUGAGCCUCCCUCCGCAGCCUGGAAGCUGCCACCAGGCCCUUCAUCAGAGCAUCAAACCCUAGACCACAAGGGCAGGAAGGAACCUUCGACAUCCUCCAGCAACUUCUCCCCAUUGUCUCUAAAUAGGAAUUACCUUUCCUCUAAUCCAGUGUCUCAGCUCCAAUGACAAGGAGCUCGCUGUCACGUUAGACAGCUUCUAACAGAGAUGAGAUGAGUCUGCCUCCAUCAUUUUAGGCCCAUCAAUGGAACCACACAGAGGAAAUAUGCUCCUUGGCUCCAGGGCAGGCCCGAAGGUUCCAAUCUUGUCACAUUUGGAGAGACAGAUAAAUAAACGUGUGGCUUAAAUGCCAAGCAGAGGAGUUUGGCGCCCACGGAUGGAAGACAAAGUGCACAUUUUUACCAUCCAUUUGGUGCCUAAGGCAGAACUGCUGAGCUCAAAGGCCGUAGCGUUCUGCUCAACUCACCAGCAGCCCCAGCUGAUCACAUGGGACCUUCUAGUUCCCCCGUCUCCUGGAGGCUUGUGGUCCACAAUGCGGGGCCUUCAUCCUUGGCCUGCUUCACCCCACGCUCACCUGUGGCUUAUAUUUUGAUCCUGAAGCCGGAGUGAACCAUCUCCCUGCAUACCUUGUAGCUUCACAGCACCUAGGCAGGCGGGGAUGGGUGCACUCGUCAGUAGACAGAUGAGGAAACUGAGGCCCAGGGGAAGACUUGCCCAGGAUCAGCAGUGGAACAGGGACCCAAAGCCAGUCUGUGGACCCCCGACCUGGGCUCCCCCUAUUAAAGUGACGGGGUCUGAGUGCAGGGGCGAGUAUAAAGAGGUAGUUUGAGGGACCAAAAGUAACUUGUCCUUAUCCUGAAAGAGACUUGGGAUCUGGCUGUGGAGGGCCCCUCUCGGAGGACACAGAGACAGCCCACUAGAAGUGACUAAAGCUGGCUUUCCAUGUUACCGUGAGCUCUGGCCAUUCGUUUGUUCUUGCACUAAUUUGUGCACUCAUUCAGCCAUUUCUGAAGCAAACUGGAAACUGGGAGCCGGGGCCCCAGAGAAGAGGCCUGGGCUGGGUCCCAGCACAUGAGCAGUAUGAGGCCUUGUGGGGAGCCCCUGUCACACCAUGCAGGGAUGCUUGAGGGAGGGUCAGCCUCAGCGUGACCCUUCAGCUGGGUUUCUCUGCAGAAGGCAGGGGCUGUCUUCAGGAGGAGGGGCAUUCCAUGCUUAGUCUGUGGGAGCCAUGUGACAGUUCUCCUCAACCAUGGACAGUCCAACAGGCUGGAACCGCCAAAGCAUGAGCAUAUGUGAAAAACAAAGGAUGUCACUUCAUAGUAAGAGUACUGCAAACUCAGAACAGCAAAAGCAAAUCAAUUUAUUUGAUGACCUUACAAGGCAUCAGCCCAGAAUGGCAGGCUCACCUCGUGAGUGUGUUUAUAAACCCUAAGCUUGACCCUUCCUCCCUGUGAAUAAUCAGGAGGGCACAGUCUCUCGGGCCAUCAAGGUCUCAUCUGUCCUCCUCUCCUUUACAUUUGACUUUUUCUCAACAAAAACUUUGCAUGGC